AUGCUCGCCAGUGGAGUGACCUAUGGCGUGAUGAUCGCCACGUUGGUGGCAGUAGCAGCGUACGCCAUCAUCGUCAGCCGCAGGAUGGAAAUCGAUUCCGUCAAGAACUUCGUGAGUGCCAAGAACUCGACGACGUCGCUGCGACUCGCCUGGUGUUUCUUUUCAGCUGGAAUGGGCUCGUGGACAUUGUUUUCGUUCCCUGCCAUCGGGGUGGACGCUGGUUCGUGGGGUGUCAUUGGGUACACCAUGUCCGGAGUUUGUGGCAUGAUGGUGCUAGCAGUUGUGGGUCCCUUCACCCGCUCAGCACUUGGUGAGAACGUCACAAUGACAGACGUUGUAGCCCAACGCUUCGGCUACAUUAUGCAGGUGUACAUCAGCUUCAUCUCGGUCUUCUACCAGUUUAUUUCACUGGCUUCGGAGCUCACCUGUGUGGCUCAACUCACGACCAUGUUGUCACCGAACGCUCAUUCCUUGAUUCCUAUCUUGGUGGUCGUAUUCCUGACCAAUCUGUAUCUUCUGAUUGGCGGUCUUCGUGCCAGUUUGGCGACCGAUGUGUGA